UUAUUGAUAUUUUGAUGAAUUUAAUGAAAACUUUCGAAAUCGGCGGCAUAAUAUCUGUGCGCAUGUCAGAAAACUCGGUACUCUAUUUUUAUUACCACGAGAUACAGAAAUUGUGCAAACGGCUUUUUAGGAGGAGCACACUCACAGCGUAGAAUAUUCGAACUGACAAUGAAUACGUUUGAAAACACCUUUAUCCGGGGUCCUUCCCCGUCCUAUUCCGACGAUGCCAACUCGGAGAAUGCCUUGUCUGUGACCCUGCCCAUAGGGGCAACCGUUCCGGAAUUGGACUUCUGUCGCGACGACUCCAAAACGGACACCGCCGACUACUUUGAUGAGAAGUACAACAGCGACAGUUGCUCACGCCUGCAUCCCGGCUACCAGGGACGAAACACCUUUGCCUUUUGGACGAUUGUGGUGAUCCUUCUGGCCCUGACCGUGGGCAAUCUGAUUCUGACACUCACCAUUGUGGGCGUCCUGCGUCUGGGAAAAGGUAUCCAGGGCAUGGAAGUAAUUCCCGAGGUCGAUGUGGUCAAGUUCUACGGCUCAACGGAAUUGGAGCGCGUGCAGACCAGUUCGAUUGGCCAGAUACACGGAUUCACGGAUGUCCCGGUGAGCAUUAGCAGUGACGCUGCCGCAGACGGAGAGGACGGAGGCGUCAUUGUGCGGGUGUUCCGCAAUGCCAACGGUGCCAGCAGCGAACGCGAUCGGAUUGUCUUGAACAAGGAGGGCAUCCUUAUUCAGGCCACGAAUCUGUUUGAGGUGAAGGACCCGGUUAAUCGCCUGCCGCUGUUCAGCACUCACCGUCCCCAGUAUAACAUUCCGGGCGGUGUGGGCGCCCUGCAGGCCAAGGUGGUGAGUGCCAGCGGCAUUGCCAGUCCCAUUGACGAAUCCUUGGUGAUGGAGAGCGACGGUCGCAUGGCCAUUAGGGGCUCGGAGGGUGUUUUCUUUGACGCCGCCGGCGUGGACAUGCAGGCCGAACAUCACGUAUCCAUCAACUCCACCCAGGGUGCCACUAUUCUGGAAGCGGGCACUGGCAUCUUUCUGGACAUGGAGCGCAUUCCCAUUGUCAGCUCCGAAAUGGGGCUGCGCACGGGCAGCGUUCAGUACAAGAUCUGCGUAUGCAUGCCGCACGGAACACUCUUCAGAAUUGCCAUUCCACGGGUGCACAACGGUCCCAAGAUAUCGUGCGCCCACUUCAGCGGCAAGGACGAUCCCUGCGAGGUCAACUAAGUUUGAAAAUAAAGAAACGUUAUGCUAGACGUAUCCCUAAAACAAA